UCGUAAGGGGAAGAAAGCUUCGGCUUCGUCGGAUCAACCAGAGAAACAGCAGCAGCAGCAGCCUGAGGAGGAUCCAAAUGUCGAACUCCAAUCAAGUGAGGGCGUCCCACAUCCUCAUCAAGCACCAGGGUUCCAGAAGAAAAGCUUCUUGGGAGGAUCCAGAAGGUCGCAUCAUCAUGAACACCACCAGGGACACCGCUGUCUCUCAGCUCAAGACCGUUCGUGACGACCUCACCUCUCGCUACUCCGAUUGCAGCUCCGCCAAGCGCGGUGGUGAUUUAGGUCCUUUUGGCAGAGGGCAGAUGCAGAAGCCUUUUGAAGAAGCAACAUAUGCUCUGAAAGUCGGAGAGUUUAGUGACAUUGUGGAUACCGAUAGUGGUGUCCGCAUAAUCAUGAGAACUGGCUGAUCGUUGAUGGAUGCAUUCUAUUUUCUACAGAUCAGCUUUUCUUUCCGAGUUGGUUUGUGCUGCUUAUCCAUUUGGGGCAGUUGAGCCAUGUUAUUACACGCUUAUAUGGCUAAUCAGAGAGCACUCUUUGCGAUCCAUUCUCAUAAAUGCUUAAUUACAUUUUGAGACUGUAUUUGGAGGUACUUGUAUGGAAACGAUUCAUGGUCAACAAGAGCAGUUUUUGC